AUGGGAUGGUCUGGCCAGUCUUGUGAUUUUGAUGAGAGCUGCUCUAGACUAGUCUAUGAUAAAACAGUCACCUCAAUUCCUGUCACUCUAAAAGCUGAUGUCAAAAUGGUCUAUUUUGUGGCCAGCCAAAUCAGUGCAAUUCCCAAAAGAGCAUUUGCCACCAAUCCUCAGCUUGAAAAUAUUGAGUUCCUUGGAACCACCACUGAUUCCAUUGAGACUGGAGCAUUUGAGGGAUUGAACAACAUCCAGUUGAUUGAGAUAUCUAACACACAACUCGAGUCAGUUCCUGUGGGAGUCUUUCAGGAUUUGAUCAGCCUAGGAACUUUGGUUCUGAAAAACAACAAAAUUCAGACUUUAAAGAAGGGCGUAUUUGAUGGUCUUAAGAAUCUCAGGAACUUACAACUGCACAUGAAUGAGAUUUCCUCCAUAGAGGAAGGCACAUUUGAUCAGCUCGAAAGUCUUCAGACUCUUCAUCUCGCAAAGAAUAAUCUCAGCUCCAUUUCAUCAUCUCUCAUUUCAGGAUUGAGGAAACUCAAAGUGAUACUGUAUGAAAUUGAACUGACAUCCCUACCUACGUGUAGUGACAUACUUGACAAUCUACAAAAUCUUACAGAGAUUGCUUUACAGAGCAACAAAAUAUCAUAUAUACAGCCACAAUUAAUUCUACAUAAAGAUACAUUACAAAAGUUACUUCUAGACAACAACCUAUUAACAGAUUUGCCACCACGGAUGUUCGUCAACUUUCCAUUACUUAAAACAUUGACGCUACACAGUAAUCAACUGUCAUAUCUGCCCACAGACUUAUUUGGAGAAAUGGCUAAAUUAGAGUUAAGUUUUAAGAGCAACAAUCUCAGCACACUUCCUCCAGGAGGUCUGAGAGUCCUUUCAAAAUUGCGUAAAUUGGAUCUGUCAGAGAAUCAGUUUCAAACUAUAACAGGGGAGUUGUUUGAUGGUUUAGCAAACAUGACCGAUCUUAAUCUUCAGAACAAUUUCAUAAAUUAUCUUAUUUCAGACAAUUUUGAGAAAGUCAAAUCUCUCUCAACCCUAAAACUUUCAAACAACAAAUUGAAAUGGCUUCCAGAUGAUGUUUUCUGUUCUCUUCCAAAAUUGAGUAAAUUAUACCUGGAUGGCAAUCCUUGGCAUUGUGACUGUAGCCUGAUACCAUUUUACAAAUGGAUGAAAUCAAAUCCAAGAAUCUUAAAAUCUGCAGUACAAUGUGUCUCACCUGAUUCUCUGAAAGACCAAGAGGUCAUCAGCCUAGAAGAGAUUGACUUCAUAUGUCCAUCCACUCUGCCAACGGAAGUUUAA